CUCCACUGUCACACUCCACUAUAUGACUCAUUAGAGAAGCCACCAUUUUUAUGCACACAGCCAAUAGCGAUUCUUGAAUCAGAUUUCCACUAGUAAAAAAGUGAAAGCUCCAAGUAUUUCCACUCUUAGCAGUAAAAGCACACACACUACUGGUGAGCAAACCCGAGAAGCAGAAAAGUGAGAGCAGCAGCCACAAAUAUCUAUGGCUUCCAGAACCGCCGUCAUCGCUUGGGGCUCUGGAGAAGAUGGUCAAUUGGGUAUUGGAAAUAAUGAAGAGAAAGAAUGGGUUUGUACUAUUAAAGCUCUUAAGUCCUCUGAGAAAGUUUCUUCUAUUGUUGCUGGCAGUAGAAACUCUCUUGCUAUUUGUGAAGAUGGCAAAUUAUUUACAUGGGGUUGGAAUCAAAGAGGGACCUUGGGGCACCCACCUGAGACCAAAACUGAGAACAUUCCUAGUCAGGUUAAAGCUCUUUCCAAUGUCAAAAUUGUUCAGGCAGCGAUUGGUGGCUGGCAUUGUUUGGCUGUGGAUGAUCAAGGCAGGGCUUAUGCUUGGGGUGGUAAUGAGUAUGGACAAUGUGGUGAAGAACCGGAAAGGAAAGAUGACACUGGAAGGCCUAUUAAAAGAGAUAUCAUCAUCCCUAAGCGUUGUGCCUCUAAGCUAUCUGUUCGUCAGGUAGCUGCUGGUGGUACACACUCUGUUGUUCUUACAAAGGAGGGACAAGUAUGGACAUGGGGUCAACCAUGGCCUCCUGGUGACAUAAAGCAAAUAUCUACUCCUGUCCGUGUACAAGGUCUUGCAAGUGUGAGAUUGAUUGCAGUAGGAGCCUUUCAUAACUUGGCACUUCUUGAUGAUGGAGUUCUAAUGGCAUGGGGUAAUAACGAGUAUGGGCAACUUGGAACUGGUGAUACCCAGCCAAGAUCACAACCCAUUGCUGUUCAAGGGCUAUCUGGUCUCACUUUGGUUGAUAUUGCUGCUGGAGGAUGGCAUUCUGCAGCUUUGACAGAUGAGGGAGAGGUUUAUGGCUGGGGAAGAGGGGAACAUGGUAGACUUGGAUUUGGAGAUGACAAGAGUAGUAAAAUGGUGCCGCAGAAGGUUCAACUUUUAGCUGGGGAGAACAUUGUUCAGGUAUCUUGUGGGGGCACACAUUCUGUUGCACUAACACAUGAUGGUCGUAUGUUUUCUUUCGGGCGGGGAGACCAUGGACGAUUAGGAUAUGGUAGAAAGGUGACAACUGGCCACCCAUCAGAAGUUCCGAUAAAUAUUCCACCUCCAAGUGAUGUCAGCAGCACUGAAGGAGGGCGUUGGUGCGCUAAACUCGUUGCUUGUGGUGGCCGCCAUACUCUGGCGAUUGUAGAGUGGCAGGCAGAAUCCGAAUAGUCGGUAUGAAAGUGUGAGAUGUAAAUCUGAAUUCAGAUAGAUAUCUGAUUCAGUGUCACUGUUGUAUAAGGUGGUUGCACUUGUAAUAUGAAGAUUAUGACCUGCCCAUGUGAUUGAGGUGGUAAAUCCAGUUUUAAGAUGGGGUAGAGAGGCACGGGAUAUUAUAAAGAGGCAGUAAUGUGUAGGAUUAAUAGAAUAUGCUCUACUGGUACUAUAUUGAGAAUAAGGGAAUUUUUCUUUCUUGCUGCUUGAA